AUUUUUAUUGCGAGAAUGCGAAAAAUUGCCAAAGGAAGCACAAGGAUUUUAUAGACAUUCGGUUAAACAAGUAAAUUCUAUAUUAUCAAUUUUCAUAUCGUUAAAUAUAUUUAAAGAUCAUAUAUUAAUCACAUUGAAUUUUAAACAACAUUUAAUAGAACCCGAUAAGGAACGUGUUCAGCAAAUUAUGGAAAAAGCAAUGCAAGAUGCAGAAUGGAUAGUUAAAAAGUACACUAAACCAAAAGGAACAAAGUAAUAAAUAUGCAAAGAUAUUAUCAGCAUUGUAGAUACAUUCUGUAAUUUAUUCUUUAGUAAAGGAAGAAUUUGUAAUUGUUCUAUUCAAGACAUGGAUUUCAAAACCAUAAUAAAUGAUCAAAAUGAAAUUAGUGCAUCACAAUUUUUGAAAGCUAUUGAUAUAUGGUGUCGUAACCCUCAAAUUAUAAACCGUAGAAUUCUAGCAUCUAUUGAAAUAUUGAAUAUUGAAAUUAAUUAUGAUAUUUUUAAAAUUUCCAAUUAUAUUAAUACUUUGGAUGUUUCGAUCUUAGGUAUAAAUCACCAAAAAGAUGAUAUUGAUAAUAGAACAUUAUUGGAUGCAUUGCACAUUUUUAAUCAAGUGGCUAUUACAACAAAUAUAAAUGAAAAAGUUCAUUUAUAUGUGACAAAACAAUUGCCACGUAUGCCAUAUAUAUUUUCUACUGGUAUUGAAUUUUUUUUAGUGAGCAAUGAAAGAGGUUGUGUAAUAAAUAUUCACAAACCCUUUCUCGUACAUAAACAAUCUCUCGGUACCAGAAUGCCAUUUAUGUUACAACAAGGAACAGAUGGUUACAUAUCCAUUAGUGUCCAUCAAGUAAAUAAUAUUAUGUCCGAUUUCAGCAUUGAAUGGUUAAAGAAAAAACUUCUUCCGUGUAUCCUGAAAUGGGCGAAAAGCGAAUCCGGAAUCCGGACACCGAUCUCGUUAUCUUCAUUGAAUUUCGUAUCAACUGAAAAAUAUGCAAAAUUAUAUUGCAAAUUGAAAGAAAAAUAUGGUAUAAAAUUGAUAAAGAAUUGGCCUGAGAAUACAGAUCCAAUAAAAUUUGUUUAUGAAGAUAUUGCAAUCGCUACUUAUUUAUUAUUAUUAUGGGAAAAAGAGAGAUUUGAGAAGGGAAUUAAUGAUUUACAAUCGUUUCUCGAUUUGGGAUGUGGUAAUGGUUUACUCGUACAUAUUUUAUUCAGUGAAGGUCAUCGUGGAUUAGGAAUUGAUUUACGAAAAAGAAAAAUAUGGGAUUUGUAUCCACUUGAAACUCCAUUACAAGUUUGUACCAUUGUUCCAUCUUCUGAAACGGUAUAUCCGGAAGUAGAUUGGAUUAUAGGGAAUCAUUCGGAUGAAUUAACACCAUGGAUUCCUAUAAUUGCUGCACGUAGUUCUAGCAAUUGUCGUUUCUUCUUAUUACCUUGUUGUUCGUAUGAACUUAAUGGAACAAAAUAUCAAAGAUAUUGUGCCUCUAAAAGUCAAUAUUCUGAAUACAUUGAUUAUGUGAGAAGUAUAUGCGUUCAAUGUGGAUUCACGACGCAUCUUGAUAAAUUAAGAAUUCCUUCUACUAAACGAAUAUGCCUGAUUGGAUGGGAAAGAACAUAUGAAAAUGUCAAAAAUUUAGAAGAUCGUAUUAAACAAAUAUUAAGUGCAAAAACAACUUUAACUAAACAAAAGUAUGAAUCGAAUAAAAAAAUCGGUGGUACGAUGGAAGAAUGGACUUGUGAUUUUAAGCCACGGGACAAAGUAGAAAAAGUACGAAAUUGCACGCAGUUAGACAAAACAUUAAUUACGAAUAUUGUUAAUAUUGUAUCAAGUCAGUUACUUCACGAAGGUUGCACUAUAUAUAUCGAAGGAACGUCUAAAAAAUUUUGGAAUGCUGGUAGAUGUCUUGAACUGCGUGAAGUCGCUAAAUCAAUUCCAAAAGAAGUUAUGAUGCACUUGCGAAAAGAAUAUGGAGGUCUUCAAACUUUAUUAAAAAAUCACAGCCAUAUAUUUCGUGUUGCUCAAGGAAAAGUAGAAUUUAACAUACCUGGAAUAGAAAGAAUUAAUGAAAAAUCGAAAAAAAAAAAAUUAUCGUUGCCACAAAAAAAAACUAAAUCUUGUUGGUUUUAUGAAAAUCAUCCGAAUGGUUGCCCUGCAACUGAAACAAAAUUUUAUUGGCAAGUUAAUAACCAUUAUUGGCAAAUUAUAACCACGAUAUAUAAUAUACAUACUGGUGUAAGUGUCUGAUCUCCGGAAUAAAUCGGCAAUGUAACUGA